AUGCGUAUCCCUGGCCCUUCCCCUAUCUCCUGCAUGGGCUGCGCCUCACGACACGUCAGCUCAACAUACGUGUCAACGAAUGAUUGGCAUAUGCGUUUAUCCGUAAUCCCGCUUAUAUCAUCUCGAACCAUAUCCACACGCAUUGACAGUGAUAUCCAAUAUCGAAGUGGAGAUGAGUCAAUUAUCUCCAAUUAG